GAAGAUACUUCCUCGACGACGUUGUACUACUCCGUUGCAGCUUGGUCAUAGCUGUCCAUGGUACCGAUCGUGUAGACUUUUUCAAGUCAGGAAGCAAAAACAUUCAUGUCCCACGUGCUUGCUCAAUACUCAAAGACUAAUUGUAAGCCUGAGGGAGUAUAAAACGGCUGACAGAUAAUACCUACAUCCCCAUCAUCUACCGUGAUAUUCACAAUGCGUCUUACUCUUGAGCUCUCUCAGUCUCCUCUCUUCCAAUUCCGCCCAGAGAAUUUGUCCGUGGAGGAGCGCAUACGAUUGACCUACCGGCGUGCUCAGGCUAUUGGGCGUACCUACGCCCUCACUGCCAAGGAUGUUCUCUUGCUGACGCCGAGAUUUUGGAACUUGCACAGCGAUCCCAUCUUUGCUAUGGACGGCGCCGCAGGCACGCUCCUCACUCUGCAGUACAACUGUUGUGCUGGUACCCUAGUCAUGUUCGCGAAGGAACAACCAGCCCUCUACAAACCGCUCCAGCAGAUUCUCAACUACGAUGUAUCUGGUCAGUUCUGUCUCACUGAGGUAGGCCACGGCUUGGACGUCAUCCAUAUGGAAACUACGGCCAUUCUACUUCCCAGUGGAGAGUUUGAACUGAACACUCCUAACGAGUACGCUGCGAAGUUCAUGCCGUCCACGUCGCCUAUCGGAAUGGCGUGUAUUGCGAUUGUUUUCGCUCGUGCAAUAAUCGAGGGCGAAGACCGUGGUAUCAAACCCUUCCUCGUACCUCUCAACGAUGGGAAGGACAUGUAUCCUGGAAUCACAUCUAAGCUUCUCCCUCAGAGAGGGGGAUCCCGUCCUCUCAAUCACUCCCUCACCUACUUCCACAACGUUCGACUUCCCUUCUCCGCCCUUCUUGGCACCCCCAACAAACCGACCGACCCCCGCACUGCAUUCUUCAAGAACAUAUCCCGCGUCGCCAUCGGCACCAUCGGCAUCUCCUGCUUCGGUAUUUCCUCCCUCAAAGUCUCCUCGACCAUCGCCGCCCGCUACAGUAUGCGUCGCACCAUCGUCGACAGCGGAGGCAAACUCCGUCCGAUCAUGUCUUUCAGGACGCAGAAGAUUCCCAUCCUGACGGCUCUGGCCCAGUCAUUCGUCUUGGAAGCUAUGCACGACAACGCGGUGGUUCUCUUUCGGGAUAUGUCGUUAGACCCGAGGGUGAGACACGCUGUAGCGGCGAUCGUGAAGGUCACGAUCAUGAGCCACGCGCAGGCGGCGAACUUGGUUUUGGGAGAUCGCUGUGGCUCUCAGGGCUUGUUCCAAGUGAAUCAGAUCACUGCGAUUCAUGCUGAUAUUCGCGGUGCUGCAAUCGCCGAGGGCGACCUACUCGGUAUCUCCAUCCGGUUCGCCUCCGAACUCCUCUUGGGAAAGUACACGCUUCCCGCCACCACGAACCCCACCAGUCUCCUCGCCCAGCACGAAGCCGGCCUCUUCAAAGAGCUCCGCGCCCUCAUCUCCAUAAUGCCGCACCACUACUCCCCUGCGUUCGACCGGUCCAUUCUUCCGGAGUGUACGAACCUCAUACAAGCCAUAGGACACCGCAUGGCCUAUGACGCUGCGAUAGCGCGCGGCAUCGACCCUGCCCUCAUUGAGCUCUACGUCGCGUCGUGCAUCAAGCUUGACUCGGCUUGGUACGUCGAGAACCUAGACGCCGCUGCGGGCUCUGGGAUCUCGGGCCUGAGCAGGAUGGAACAGAGGGAGAUGGAGGCUAAGGCGGUCGAUAGAGUCUAUGAGAGGAUGGAGGAGUUCCUGGGUAAGAUGGACGUGGAGCAUGUCAUCACGGCGCCUUGCGUGACGGAAGAGGCGUGGAAGGGAUAUGUGGAGGGAUUGGAAACGUUCACUGAGCCUCUCGAUCCGGACGAGUCGCCUCUCGACGCGUUGAUCAAUGUUCCGGGUACGGAAGGAGGCGAAGCGAAGAUGGGCGAUAGGUUUGAGGAACUGCGUGUUGGCGAGAAGAUCAAUGGACGGAACGGGUAUGCGAAUGUUGGUUGUGAUACUGUGACUGUUUGA